GCUACCUCUUCGUCUCUCUCUCCUCUCUCUCUCUCUCUCUAUCAAAUUCACUCUUGUUUCAAUUUCCUGUCCUCUUGAAUCUAUAGCCAUCUUCCUACAACAAAAGAGGGAGGGAGGAUCAUCCAUAACUCUAAUUGGCAUUGGAACAAGAGUUAUAUAUCAAAGGUAACUAACUUCAUCAAAACUCGAUCGAGGUUCACAAGGAAGCUGAAUCGGAUCGAAGGAUAGAGGGAGAGAGAGAGAGAAAUAAAUAAAUAUAAAAAUGGUGGGGUCUCCAGUAAUGAGCUCAGAAAUGCAGAAUCUGUUGGGACUUCUGAGGGUCCGAAUAAAGAGAGGUAUUAACCUCGCUGUUCGGGACCUCAACACCAGCGAUCCCUAUGUUGUCCUCAAGAUGGGCAGACAGAGGUUGAAGACUCGUGUUAUAAGAAAGGAUAUCAAUCCUGAAUGGAAUGAAGAUUUGACUCUCUCUGUUUCCGACUCUAACGACGUUAACAUCCACCUGACGGUGUACGACCACGACACGUUCACGAUGGACGACAAGAUGGGCGAUGCAGAUAUCGACGCGGGGCCAUUCUUGGAUGCGGUGAAGAUGAAUCACGACCGGCUCCCGGAGGGGACGGUGGUGACGAAGAUACAGGCGGGGCGGAGCAAUUGCUUGGCGGAGGAGAGCGAUGUGGUGUGGACGCAAGGGCGGGUGAUUCAAGACAUGUGCUUGAGAUUGAGGCACGUAGAGACCGGAGAGAUUGAGCUUCAGCUCCAAUGGAUCGAUCUUCCUGGCUCCAAGGGUCUACGAUAGAUCAUCAUCAUCAUUAUCACCAACGUGUAUAUAUAUAUAUAUAUAUCUUGUGGUUACUAUGUGACACACAAAUUAAAUUAAUAUUGAGAGUGUAUAUAUGUAUGCAUGUAUAAUGUAUAUGAUGUAUUGUUAGAACUUUUGGGAAUGAAAUUUGAAGUUGAA